AUGGAAUAUUCAGACAAUUGUAACUUGUUUUAUACAAUUCAAAAAUUUGAUUGGAAUACGGGAGAUAAAUUAAAACACGAGGAUCCUAGAGAUUAUGGGUUAGACCAGAUAAUUUUUCCAUUCGUUUCUGAGAAAGAUAAAUUGGAAAUUACUGCUACCACACCAAGAGGCGGAUACUAUUCGAUGUGUUAUUUAAAUGCCACUAAUGGAUUCGGAAAAAUCAUUGGCACAGCUUAUUAUGUGACAGGUUAUCAACGAGAUGGAUUGUUUGAGUUGUAUUUUAAUGAGAACCAUUCAAGCUCUAUAUUCAUUCAAUCUUGGUUAACGACCAGUAAACUAUUAAGCGUUGGCUUGGAACGUUAUGAGAAAGGAAAAGAUAAAUGUACAGGAAGCUAUGUUACAGUUGGAGAUAAAAUAAAACUCUUUGCUUCAAUAUCUCUGCCAAAAGAAUUUAUUGGCAAAGAAUUUUCAAAAGAAAAAUAUAAGCAUCGUAUAUGGGAAAUUGUUUCUUUGAGCCUUCCGGAUGAAGAAGCCCAAUUUUAUAAUCACGGAGGGGAAUACACUCUAUGUGGCAUUUUUGAUGAUAACACCACACAUAGUUUGGCUCGAGGUACCAUAACUCCGUAUGCUAAACUAUCGUUCGACGAAUUUCCAUUCCAUGAAUUUGGAUAUAAAGACAAUUUGUCAAACAUAUUUACAUACAACAUUAAAAAAUCGGAUCCUCUAAGUUUGAUUUGGAAGGACCAUAUUAAUUGUUGGAAUCCAAGUGAUUCCGUAAUUUUUAAUUCAUGCAAUAAAAAAUUUAAGCAUGAUGAUUGGCCUGUCAAUCAAAUUGGGUUGGAUAUGAAAUCAGUUUUAGAGGAUGAUUAUAACAUUUUAGCAUUUUGUCCUCGCACACAUGACAAAUAUAUUGGCUUAUAUCUUGUUUCAAAGAAUGUCACUCCUCAUCCCAUUGCGGCAUUUAAACUUCCGAUUAGUCCAACAAAAUUGCAAAUGAAUAUACACAAUGGCAAAGUCACGUGGUAUGUUUUGACAUAUGAUAAUAAAAUCGUAUCGAUAGACCAAACCAAUUUGAGUUUCAAUGUUUCAGAAUUUAAAACUAUGACUGAGGAUCGAGUUCAUGCGCACGAUUUUUAUGUUAUUGAUAAAUUCAAUGAACCAUUGAUAUUAGUAUCAGAUUGGAAUUCAUUUGAACUAAAAUUGUAUAACGAAUCGUUUAGUGUUUUGGCCAAUUUAACCUUGAAAGGAGAUGAAUUUGCGACGGUCCGACCUGGAAUUAUUGAAUGUACUACUAAAUCUGAUGAUUAUGUAAAUUGCUUUGUAUCUCACUAUGGCACUAAUAAAAUAGAUUGGAUAUUUGUAUAUGAAAAUAAAAUUCAAUUGGGUUCCAAUUAUGAUCCUUUGCAAGUCCCUUUAGAUUCUGAGUCCAAUGGUUGGAAUAUCUCAAGUAUGGUAGCGAUGAGUUUACACUCCCCUGAAAACAAUAUAUUAUUAAUACAUAAGAAAAAUCAUGUAUACAUCACUAUAUUAAAUUUGGAUUAUGCGACUAAAAAAUUUUCCUAUAUUGGGCGAGUGAAAUUUACCGACCAUACAAAACAGGUCAUACAUAUUUCAAGCGCCUUAAAAACUACGAUUAAUGGCAAAGAAUAUAAUGAAUUAUCAGUACUAGCAAUAUGCUCAGUCACUAUAACUAAACACAACCCUAUGGAUUUUCGAAAUGCUCUCGAAGUUUUACCACAAAAUAUAAACCCCUACACCACUGAUUAUACAACUAAAAAAUAUGAUCAUCCACUUAAAAUAAGCCAAAAUACAAAAGAAAUGGCUAUCUCUAGACAUUCAAUUGUUUGGUUUGAUUUAAAACGUAUACUUGAAUACACAAUCAAUGAAUUUAACUAUAUUGGACCAGAAUGGAUUUUUGAGGGAGAUAAUCUUAAAUACGCACCAACAUUUAUAACAAAUAUAGGUGAACAUUGGGGAAAUAUUCCUAUCAAGUAUACACUCACUCCAUUGUUUAAACAACAUGAACCUGUUGCAACAAUAGAUCCAGUUACUGGAGUAAUAUAUGUAAACCUAAUACACACAACUCGACUUUCAUUUGAAUACAAUGUUUCAGCUUCAAAUAUCUUUGGAAAUGAAAAGAAAACAUUAUUUGUGGUAAAGACACUAUGCCCUGAUGGCCACUAUUUUGGAAAUGGUGGAUGCUCACUAUGUCCAAUAGGAACAUAUAAUAAAUCAGAUAUGUCACAUUGGAAUAGAUGCAUUCCAUGUCCUGAAAAUGAAACUACAAUAUCAUCCGGCUCAUUUUCAAUAAAUCAAUGCUUAUGCAAACCUGGUUAUCAUUUGGAAGGGGAUGAUUAUAUUCAGGUUGAGGGGAGAAAUGAUAGAGGCUGUGUCCCAUGUCCAGCCGGUACAUGGAAGGAGAUUGUCGCGACUAAAGGUUGUUUCGGUUCAGGCUGUUAUCCAAAUAGCAGUUCUACUGUUACUGGUAGUCCUACUGAUGAAGAUCGUAAAUGUGAAUGUUUCCCCGGGUAUUACUAUCACAAAGGCGCAGGCGAUGUCAGAGAAUGCAAGAUGGCAGAAAACGGAUAUUAUUCAAAUGGAGGCUAUUUAGCUAAAAGACUUGAAUGUCCAACUAACACAACAUCAUUUGGUAUAGCUAGAAGUGUUAAAGAUUGUGUAUGUAGGCCUGGUUACCAUGCAAUAUAUAAUAAGGAUGGAACUAAUCUCUCAUAUAUUAAAUUGAAGACUAGCAUACUAGAAAGGCAUCCCGAAUUGGUUAAUGUGCAGAACGAGAUAAAUGUAUGCAUUCCAUGUGGCCUUAAUAAAUACAAAUCAGCUAUAGGCCUAUCUGGAUGUUUGGAUUGCCCAGCAAAUUCAUUUAGUGAUAGCGAUAAUGCUGUUGCUAAAUACGAAUGUAAUUUAUGCAAACCAGGUUAUUAUGAGAGUGGCAAUCCUGAUGAUCCCUGUCGAGAGUGUCCAGAAAAUAGUUUUUGUGUUGGAUCACGGCCACUAGAUACAUCAUUACAAAUCAAUUCUGGGCAAUUUGUAACAUGCCCUGCAAAUUCAUCAACAAUGCCACCAUAUUAUUUAAAUACACUACCGAUACACUGCGUAUGUAAUGAAGGUUACGAACCUACUGGACAAUUAUCACAAUCUGGCAUGAUCGAAUGUGUUCCUGUAAAACAGGGCCAUUUCAAGUUUAGCAGUGGGAAUACAAAGGGACUUCCAUGCCCACAUGGAAGUAUAACUCAAAAUGUUGGAGCCACAUCUCAAUUUAUGUGUGUAUGCCCACCAGGUUUUUAUAUGAUGGAUGGAAAAUGUACACCCUGCCUUAUGGGUCAUUUUUGUUUGGGCGGAAGGGACAUCGAUGGGAAUUUGAUACCUCCACAAAAAUGUAUAGAUGAGAAUUCUACUACAUUAAAUACCAACGCUACUAAUGAAUUGGAUUGUGUAUGUAAGCCUGGAUAUACUAGGAUCAAUCCGACUGACAAAUUUUGCAAACAGUGUCCACCAAAUCACUACAAAUCCACUACAUCGAAUGAAGCAUGUACACCUUGUAGAGGACAUUCAUCAACUGGAGAUUUAAGAGGAGCUACAUCUAAAGAAAAAUGUUUUUGCGCUCCGGGAUAUUAUUUUGAUAAGAUUUGCCUUCCAUGUGGUAAAAAUGAUAUAUAUUGCCCCGGCGGGAAAUUAGAGAUAGAUGGAUUGGCAAAGACACAUCCUCCAGUAAAAUGUCCUGAUAAUACAUUGAUUACACCGGGAGUGGAUGUUGCAAGUUCAUACGAUGAUUGCAAAUGCGCUAAGGGUUAUGCAUUUAAGAGUUUAGACGUACAAAAUAAGACUAAAAUAUGCGAAAAGUGUCCACCUGGAACAUAUAAAAGUUCUGUAUCAGAUUCUGGAUGCACUGGUCUAUGCCCAUUAAAUUCAACUAGUUUUCUAGGCUCGCAAAACUCUAAGCAAUGUUAUUGUUUAGAAAACUUUUAUCACGUUAGUGGCGGUACAUGUCUACCAUGCCCAGAAGGAUCAAUAUGUAAAGGAGGUUUAGUUCCUUAUGCUAUGGAAAAGGGUUAUGAUUCUGACUUUGAAAUAACGAGCGAUCAUCAUACAAAACCUAUUGCAAUGGAAGGUUAUUAUUUAGACAAGCUCAAGAAUACUCUUGAUGUUUCUGAUGAUUGGAAGUUUAUUAAAUGCCCAAUUGAAGGAUCAUGUUUGGGAAAAGAUGAAUGCCUAGAUUCAAUGGAACAUUAUCUAUGUGCAGAAUGCAAAUUUGGUUAUACUAACAAUUUUAAUAAAGGAGAAAGAUGCACGCCAUGCCCAGCUACGUCAGUUAACAUUGGUAUACAAUUUGCAUGGUAUCUUGCAUUACUUUUAUUCAACAUUGUAAUCGCAUGUUUAAAUGUAUCGGCUGGAUUUAAUAGAAGGUCGAUACACUCAGUUGUUAUUAAAAUUGCAUUAAAUUAUUGCACUUGUAUGUCAGUAUUGAAUGUUAUAAAUUAUAACGAGAUAUCAUUGCCUAUCCAAGUUACAAAUAUUAUCAACGCAUGGUCCAGAAAGUUUUCUUCAUCUAAAAGAAUGUAUUUGAUGUCGAUGGAUUGUCUAAUUAGGAAUCACUACAAUGUUUCCCAUGCAGAUUCAUUUUUCUACUCAAUGAUGGCAUUUGCUCUUCUACCUAUAGUUUUAAUAAUAUCGGUAACAAUAUUAAUGUGGAUCAUAUUGAAUCUUAUUAAAAUAAAGAAGCAUAAAACCAUUAAGUCUAAAAUCUUACUUCUAUAUCAAGCCAAAUCUCACGGGUUAGAUGCACUGGCAUCGAGGCUGAUCCACAAAUAUUCUAACGAAAGAUUGUUUCUAAUAUUUCGAUACAUUUCAUUGCCUGGACAAAAUGGUUUUGUUAAAUUCUUACACUUUCUAGAUGACAUGAUCCCAAUAUAUGUGACAGUGCUCUUUUCAAUUCAUGGUACCAUAACAUCUAAUAUGUUGAGUUUAUUGGAUUGCACGUAUAUAAAUCUUGGAAAAUCAGUCCCUGGAAAAUAUGUUUUACGCCCAGCUAUGAGUGUACAAUGUUCAAUAGACCCAUCUAAAGGAUAUAUUCCAUAUUUGCUAUUGGGCCUUGGCGGCCUAUUGAUUUGGGGGCUAGGAAUACCAUUAAUAUCAUUCCUAGUGUUAUUUACCAAUAGGAAGAGGUUACACAGUGCAGAUAUCCGACGAAAAUAUGGAUUUUUACACAAUGGAUACGAGAGAUCAUAUUGGUUUUGGGAGUCUGUGGUCUUUGCACGCAAAUGCUUAGUAUUGGUAAUUGGAAGCAUAGUAAUUGUACCAUCUAAUAAACUAAGUGAAUCUAGAAUAUGGUUGGCACAAGGUGUAGCAUUAACCUUUCUAAUAUUAAAUCUAAUCUAUCAACCAUUUGAUAAAAGGGAUUAUUUUGCGCUUGAUUAUCUGGAAUUUUACAGUCUUAUUUCAUGGACAUUCACUCUUUUUAUCACAGGAUUUCUCUUUGAUUUUAGGUUAUCGCCUAUUUCCCAAAUCAUCAUGAUCACAUUUGCCGUGGGUAUAAAUUUACAUUUUUGCUUGUCAUUCUUCAAAGUACUGUUUGUUUCGUAUAUCAACUAUAUUUCACUUUAUCAAAAGUAUUAUGCUAAAUCAUUUAUUGGAGCUAUAUUCCGUUGCAUUGGAUCGUUGUCUGGACUUUGGAAAUACAAAGAGCCUAUUUUCACAUACAAUCAGCAUAAAGGCGAAAUAAGAGUUUGGAAUGAGAAAGUUAGUGGACACUUCUUCAGUAAUAAUAUUUCUAGACUUGAACUUGAAUGCUUUUCCAAAAUCAUUGCAACUAUAUAUGAUUUUUGCUUUUCAAGUUUAAAAUUAGACAUCAUAUCAUUGGAUUUUAUAGAUUUUAUCAUUCGUUUAUGCAUUGCGUUUCCCCAAAUUGAGGAGCAUUUGACCAAUGUUAAUAAAUCUAAAGGAGGGAAGGAUGAAUAUUUAUCCAAUCUAGUUGAGCUGGAAGUAUAUGAUCAUGAAAAUAAUAAAUCAGAUUUGGAUUUGUUGGAAAAAUGCUUCAAUAACCACCUUGAUAAUUUAGAUAACGUUUUUUCAGACGAAUGGGCAAAUGAUGAUGCAUUUAAUGUCCAGUUUUCUACGAAAAAUUUGGGAGAGUCUAAUUCCAAUAGUGAUGUUGAACAAUUGGAAACCAAUGAGUUGAAAGAAAUUGUAAAAUACCUCUUUGAUGAUAAUAUACUUCUAGGGAAAUUAACUUUAUCUGACACAUAUUUAAUGAUUUCUAGACUUUCACUAAUAGAAUCAAAGUUAAUCAUUCAAAUUUAUUCGGCAUAUAAGAUAGCAAAGAGAUUAUUUACAGACAAAGAGAUUGAAUCGCAAGAUAAGCUAUCAAGAAAGUUGUUGGCGCUAAAUAACAAAUUUGAAGAUGUAUUAUCAAAGGGAAUAUCUGAUUCGGAAUUGUCAGAUAUUAAAGAAAAGAUAAUUGAGGUGCAGUCACGCAGAAUGCAACUAAAAAACGAGUUUGAUACUCUGAGAAAAAGUUCCUUCAUGUCUAAAUCAGAUAUACCUCAAGAUAAAGGUGAUGAUUCAAAUCAACAAGAUGAUAGUUUUAUACAAAAUAUUAGAAAUAUUUCCAUAGAAAAAAAGAAACAAGCGACAUUGGAUGAUUUCUCAGGUGACUCAACUGAUGAACUUGGGUCUGAGGAGAUAGAAAGUGAUGGUUAUGAUGAUACUGAUCAUGAUAGUUAA